AUUCCAGUCCAGGCUAUAAAUUUCGACGAGGAUUAGGUAAAGUAAACAGUAUAAAUGCAGAAUUGAGCCCAGGCAAAGCUGCAAAUAGAAGUCUCCAGAACCGGAAAGACUUUUUUUCCAACUAAUGGCAGAAAAUCCGAAGUCCUCUGUUUACGUCGGCAAUUUGGAUGAGAGAGUGAGCGAUAGGGUAUUGUAUGAUAUUCUGAUUCAAGCAGGGCGUGUUGUAGAAUUGUAUAUUCCUCGUGAUAAGGAAACUGCAAAGCCAAAAGGUUAUGCCUUUGCACAAUAUGAAUCAGAGGAGAUAGCUGAGUAUGCUGUCAAGCUUUUCACUGGACUUGUUACACUGUACAAUCGGACAUUGAAAUUUGCGAUUUCUGGGCAAGACAAGCCCUCUGCGAAUUUGUCUAUUGCAAUCCCACCUGCGGUUAAUUCUUCUCCCAAACCAAGGCCUUACCCUGAACCAUAUAACGAUGUGGAAUUUUCUCCACAAUCUGCAAGGUUAUCAACACCGUGCCGGUUCUCAGAGCACCAAAUAAAUUAUAAAAAAGUCUGGCAGAACGGACUUGAAUACCUCCCAAAUCUUCAACGGGUUGAAUGUGGGCUAUGGGAUUCGAAUUUACUUGUUGACGUGCACUGUUUAUGGGUUCUGGUUCUUCUACUUUUUUGCCUUGCUGCUUCACAAGAGUGGCCAUAUGACUGGAGAGUGUCUGCAUCUGUUGGGUUAAAGCCUCCAUGGUCUAUUGGUGCUCUGCUUGAAAUUGCAAGAACCUCUGUUCAGUAG